UAAACUUAAAAUAAAUCCACUUUCUUAACAUGGCUACUCAGACUGCCGAUGGGGGCAAGACCGAAGAGAAGGUCACAGAAGACCUUAAGAGACAGAUGGCUGAUAUGUCCCUCGGAUUCGAAGAUAUCGUCAGAGCAAGAGAAGAAGCCAAGAAAAAGCUUGAAGAAGAUUUCGAACAUGUUUACCAAAGAAUAGAGGAGAAUAAGCAUGACUGUGAGAAGCAGAGUGAUCACAUGCACCAAAUCCUUGGAGAAUUUCAGCAGGAAUUUGAUGAAAACCUUAACUCGCUCACUCAGAACCUCCAUGAGAGUAUUGAAGCUGAGACUAAAAUGUUCAUGCUUCAAGAAAUGGAGUUAUGUAAUAACCGCUGUGAGGAUUUAGAGAAAAUGCUUGCACAAGAGACUAAGGACAGAAUUAAAGACACUAAGGAUACUCUGGACCCAGUCAGGCACCAAAUCAGUGAUCUUCAAAACGAACUUGAUUUUGAAACAAAAUAUACAAUCAAAAUGGAGAAAAGACUGCUAAAAGACGUGGCUAAUAACAUUGAAGAACAACACAACGUAAUUCUUAAAGAGAAGAAAGAGAGAGAUGAGAGGCUUACAGACAUCUACGAUAUGCUUGACCAAGAGGUCCAACUUCAAAAUAAAUUUUUUGAUCAAUUCGAGGAGAAAGCCAGGAAACAAUUUGAUGAUAUGAUAAAUGAAGUCCAACUAGAGUUGGACAGCAGAUUGACUCACCAGGACAACAUCCUUAAAGACUUCAAAUUCUUUGUUGAUAGAUUCGGCCAAACUAUGAAGCACAUUGGAAAAGAUGUAUAA